AUGUCGUUCGUUUUACCCGUCGCUCUUGACGUGCAGAUGGAGCCAUUCGCGAGGAACAAGACAGACGCGGACGGCGCAUUCUACGUGGGCGCCGUGAGUAAUAGGCGCGCGCAGGGUUUCUCAGGGAAGGCGGGGUACGCCGUCAGGCCGGGCAAGAACAAAACGUUCCGCGUGUUCCUGGAGUACGCGGCUGGGGGAGACACAUCGCUCACAGCAGUCGACACGAGCGGGACAGAACUCCCAGAGGACAUCGUCAGCAGGGCGAAGAAGGCCCAGGUGUACGCGACCGAAGUGUUCAACACUGCGUUCGACAUGAGCUUGAAACAGCUGUACAGUAUCGCUCCGAAGGGGCUGCAGUCGAGGGAGAGGAACGUCGCACGAGUGCUCGCGGCAAUCAGGGACAUUGGAAAAACAGCCGACGUCGCGAAGUCGUACGCGGACGGCAAGACGAACAAGGUCCAGAAGGGCACUCGCAUCAUGAUGUCGAGUCCGGCGUUCUGCAUGAUGGCGCGCCUCGCCGCCCUCAUCUCGUCCACCAUAUGGAAGCCGAUGAAGUUCAUGAGCGACGAGCAGGCUGUCAACUUCAUGAGGGACACCCUGUAG